AUGACCAGGCACUACUCUCCAGAAGGUGGUGCGGCACAUGACCGGGGUGAUGAACAUCUUGAAACGGUGGGUGAUAUUGGCCAGCAUGGUUUUUCCGAUGAAGCCUAUCACAAUAAUCCCGAUGAUGCAGAAGAUCACCAACCACAAGUUGAAGAAACUUUAGUGGAUGCACCGGAUUGUCCCCCCAAUCCACCAUCCAAAUCCCCCAAGAAGGAUGAACCCAAACCAUCACUUGAAGUCGAUGCACCGGGUUGUGACCCAAAGCCAACCGCCAGCAAGGCUGGGGGCCCUGCUCCAGAAGGUCUUGUGGCCACUCCUUGCCGCAAUACACCGACGGUUGGUGGUGCUUCCCCAGGGUCAACUGAUUUGGGAACCCCAAGCUCAAUGGAUUCAAUUGGUGAUAAAUCUGCGGAAACCCCCAUCCCUGGUGAACUGAGAUUGUCCGAGAAUGCCAUCAAUCUGAGACUUCACAGGGUGAUGAAGCUUGAUUCCAAAGGCAAUUCCAGGGUUGGCGAUGAGAUCCGUAAGCAAUUUCAUUGCAAGAAGGGCAAGCUUCGGUUGCAGCAAAUUUUCCAGAGUUGCGGUUUCAACCCGGACGUAUUCUGUGAAGAGCUGGAACUGGUCCAAGAGGAUCUGCUGGCGAAUGACCUGGUAAUCGAGGGGGAGUUCAUGAGUGAAGAGACAAUGAAAACUGAAUGGAAAUGGUCCCAGCGUGAUCGAUACGAGGACCUUGUCUUGUACUGGGCUGAAACAGCCGUCAAGGAGGGUGCUGACCUGUCUGCCUAUGAUGCCCCUGUUUGUUUGGGUGGACCCGCUGAUAAAAGGAUCCGUGACUUCACCCCACAGAUGGGGAAGAAGGAUGCUUUGAACAUAGGCCCCUCAACCGCCAAUGGUUCCAAGCCCCUGUCCCAGCCCAAGACUGAAAAGCCCCAGCCCUUUGACGUGGAUGUUGAAGAAGGUUCUGAGGGUUCGGAUUUGGAGAUGAGCCCAGCAGAGUGCAAAGCUCGGGAAGCCGAGUCCCGGGCACAGGUGGAGCGAAAGAAAGCAGGGUUGCCUGAGUUGGAGGUGGAUCAAUUACCUUCCACCAUCGCAACCAAAAUGAUGACAUGUCUCUCCAAGCGCAUGAGCAAAUUGGAGAAGGGUCUUGAGCGAUUUGGUGAUGGUGCUACCCUGUCGAUGAAGGAGAAGAUGGAGAAAGUGAUGGCCGACCUCAAAGAUCAUUCCAGUGAAAUUGACAAGAUUUACACGUUGGGUGUUGUGAACGGAUUCUCUGAAGAGUGCUUCCCUUGCAAACAGUUCCAACUGAUGAGCAUUUGGUUCCUAAUCAGUUCUAAGUUCUAA